AUGAAAACAAAAGUACUAUUCUUCUUGCCGUCCAUUCUGUUGCUACCACGCUCGGUAUGGUCAGAAACGAAAGGUCCAUCUGAUCCCCCCAAAUCUGGAAAGCCAAAUGCUAACACACUACAUUUGUUAAGGGGCAAAUUAGAGUACCCAAAUAAAAUCAACGAAGAGAAUGCAGUAUCUCCAGAUUUUAAAAAAAACGUAGAAGUGCCAAAAAAAAAACUCGAGGAAUUAAAAGGCAAGGCAGAAAAAGAUAAACAGAAUGAAGCGGGUACUACAGCAAAGGGAGAGGAAGCAUCUCAAAAUGUAAGUCAAGACGGAUUACAAGAGCAGACCCCCAGUGACAGUAAGGAUGGAAAAGCAGAGGAAAAGAAAACUGAAGUCAAAAAUGUCAUUUUUAUGAAAAAGGAGAAAGCCGUCAAUGAAGAAGUUGGAAACAAACAAACCGCUAUCAUAACUGAAAAGAAGAAUUUGCCAAUUGAGGAAUCGCAGGAAAAGAAUGGAAUCCAGGCGCAGGAAAGUAUCGAGGUAGAAGAGUUACCCGAAGUUAUAGUGGACAAGACAGAUGAUUCCGCCGAAGGCGAAACCUUAUCCGAAUCGGAAAAGGAAGCUAAGCCUUCAGCUGAAAGCACUCCAAAUGAACCGAAUGUCAACACCACACAUAUACCAGCAGACACACACACAUAUCCAAGCGGCGAAGGUCCUAGCGCACCGAAGAAGAUACAAUUUCCCUCCAUUGACGAAAAUGCAAAUAGAAGAGCAGCACGAAUUAAACAUAUGAACCGAUUUCUAAAUGGCUUCUUAACCAGUCGAAGCAAAAAUAAAAAUGAAAUAUAUUUCCAUCCAUAUUAUGGCCCCUAUUUUAACCAUCCCGCCUACUAUAACUAUGACCCCUAUUAUAAUUAUUCUCAGUGGUAUAACCCAUUUUUGAGACAAACAAAGGAUUAUGAAGUGAAUAAAAACUUGCUUGGUGCCUGCUUUAUCAAAGGGGAAGGAGCCCAUCCAAAUGUGCCCUGCAUAUUUGACAUAUUCAAAAAAGUUUUAGACGACGAACGGUUUCGAAACGGAUUUAGAACUUUUAUGUAUGCCCUUUACGAAUUUGCCAAAAAGAAUGACGUCUUAAGUGAAGAGGCAAAGAAAAAGGAGUUUAUGAGAUUCUUCUUUGACAGUGCCUUUCAGUUGCUCAACAGGAUGUUGCACCAUUGA